UGCCGGAGCGUAUAUCUAGAAGUCCACCGGCGAGCUGCCCAUGGUUCCUGAGUCCCCCAGGCUUUCUUGUACGGAUCCGUCUAUAGAGAGAACUACAAACGCUCCCCCACGAUCUUCCCAAUAGCUCUCCCCAAUAGCUCUCCCCAAUAACUCUCCUUAGCGGCUCUUCCCACACCCAACAUGCCAUCCAAUGUCCACUCCGUUUCAAAGAUCCACCGCAUCGCCAGCAUCCCAGGCGACGGCAUCGGCGUCGACAUCACCGAAGCCGCUAUUCAGGUCCUUGACACUCUAUCUAAAACCCUUGGAGGCUUUGAAUUUGAAUUCAAGACGUUUGAUUGGAGCAGUAGAGCGUAUUUAGAGCGGGGGUGGUACAUGCCGCCCGAUGGGCUGGACAGACUGAAGGAGUACGAUGCGAUCUAUUUUGGGGCGGUUGGGUCGCCCGAUGUUCCCGACCACAUAUCCCUCUGGUCCCUUAUCCUCCCUAUCCGCAAAGCCCUAAACCAAUACGUUAACAUCCGGCCCACGCGAAUCUUACCUGGCACCAUCUCCCCCCUCACUUCCUGCGCCACCUCCCCCACCUUCCUGGAUUGGGUCAUCGUGCGCGAGAACAGCGAAGGUGAGUACUCCGGUCAAGGCGGGAUAUCGCAUGAACACUCCCCUAACGCCGUCGCCACCGAGGUCUCCAUCUUCACCCAAGCUGGCAUCGAGAGGAUCAUGCGAUUCGCAUUUGAAACAGCGAGGGCCAGGCCGAGGAAGAAGUUGACCAUGGUGACGAAGAGCAAUGCGCAGAGACAUGGCAUGGUCCUUUGGGAUAAGGUGUUUUUCGAUGUAGCGAAGGAGUAUCCAGACGUCGAGAUUGAUAAGAUGCUUGUGGAUGCGAUGACAGUGCGUAUGGUGUUGAAUCCGCAGUCGAUGGAUACGAUUGUCGCAACGAAUCUCCACGCGGAUAUAUUGUCUGAUUUGGCAGCUGCGUUAUCGGGCAGUAUUGGGAUAGCGUCGAGUAGUAAUCUGGACCCGACGCGGCAGAAUCCGAGCAUGUUUGAGCCGAUUCAUGGGUCAGCGCCAGAUAUCGCGGGGAAGGGGAUUGCGAAUCCAGUGGGGGCCUUUUGGAGUGCGGCGGAGAUGGUGAGGUGGCUUGGGGAGGGGGAGGCUGCAGAUGGGUUAAUGAAGGCGGUUGAGAAUGUGACGGGGGCGGGGAUUAAGACAAAGGAUCUUGGGGGUGAUAGGAAUACGAGGGAAGUGACCGACGCGGUUUGCGCGGAGAUUGAGCGGUUGUUUGGAGGGAGGUAG